UCGAACGGAAGUCUGGGAAAGAGCCUGAGGAGAGCAAAGGAAACUGGAAUAAACCGAGAACCCCGAGCAAGAAGGGCGGCAGUUGUGAUACAGGCGCAGAAGCCGGUGCUGCCCGAAGGUCGCUUCCAGUACGGGGUAGAGAGUUUUGAGUAUACCAUGCUCCCCUUUCGGAAGGAAACAAUAGAAGAUAGAACCUUGGAAUAUCCGGAAGAAAGAAAGGACAUGACAAAAAUUACCAUGUCUUCUUCCAGACUGGGGCUCCGUUUGGCUGUCUGUUUAUUAAACAUUUCAGAAGCCAGAAGAAAAUACAUUGUUGAGAACGUAGCGAAAGCAGCUCUUCUUGAAACAAAUGGGCAGAAACAUCCUGAGGUAUCAGUGCUCAACAUAUUUUCUGAUCAAGAGUACAACAGAUCAGUCAUUACCAUAGCAGCUUCUGUUGCUGAGUUAGGCAAUUCCAUUCUGGCUGCCUGCCUGGAGGCCUUCCAGUCAAUUGAUAUGGAGGUUCAAGAGGGGAUCCAUCCUUGCCUGGGAGCAGUGGACCUGAUUCCCAUUUACCCUCUCUCUGGUAUUGGAGUGGAAGAGUGUGGAGCUGUGGCCAGAAAAACUUCAGAGAAUGGCCCAGGAACUUGUUUGAUAAGCAUCCAGACCAUGCUCCCGGAGUAUGUCGCGCUUGGGGGUUCGAAAAGCUUAUUGUUUUAAGCAGGCCCGCACAUGGCUUCGAAGGAGCCCAUUUUUCAUAGGUAAGAACAGUUAGGCCGCUAACAGCAAUCCCUUAGAGAGCUCCUCUAAGGUACAAGGAAAGGUGCUGGUGAAGCGUGGCUCUGGUUGAACUCAGCCUGACGUUGGAUUACUCUGUCACUUCUUUUGCCCAAUUUGCAGUAUUUUGCGGCUAAUUGGUUUGUCGUGAGUUAACGAUGAGCGACAGAGACCUAAACAUGGGAUGAAUUUCUCUUUCUAAAUGUGUAGUGCGCGCAUGGUCCAGCUUUUGUCUCUCAGCCCCACGCCAACCCUCACCUCUGCUGCUUUAUGCCACCAGGACUGUGCCGUUAGGCUCCGCCUCUCAGGGGAGCUGGACUGGGCGGCUGCAGGGCUGAAGGAGGAGAGGGGCUUUUGCUGUUUCAAGUUGCUUCCUGUUUCGGGCAGCCCCACCGCAGCAGUGGCUCUUGACCUGACAGUGGCUCUUGGUUCCAGGCUCCAGCUUUUUUCUCCUGUCUCUUUGAGAACUGGCCUCGGUGUGCGCUCAGCAGCGCCGGCAGAGGCUGAGCCCCGGCUCUGCGAGGCCUCUCUAGGCUUCUAGACUCUGAGAACCCUGCCCCCUCCCUUUGUUCCUCCAGCCUUGGGGCGUAGUGCUUCCUGCAGUUUUUUUUAUCUCUGGGCACCACGUUCUCUCCUAGCUAUUUUGGUUCUCCAACAACUGUUGACCAAAUUUUCAACGUGAUUUCUUUUGAAAUACUUGGUGUGGUUUCUGUCUUCCUGACUAGAUCCUGUCAGAAAUAAACCUAUCAACAGACCAAAUGGAAGGAAAGGAGAAAAAGGCAGAAAAUAUUCAUUAUUCAUUAGGAUGAUUGUUGAUGAUUACUUGCCUUUUCUUCUCGUUCGCAUUGUAUUCUCUGAAUCUCAUUGUUUUCUUAUCGUCACGUUCUGUGUUCCCUUUGACAGUCUUGCUAUUCUUUCAUCUAAUAGGGAGUCUGAGUGUUGAAUUGGGGUAAGGAUUGGAAAUAUCAUGGUAAAUCAUUGGAUGGAGUUUUCCAGUGAAUGUCUUUCAUGUAGUAGCUUAGUCCACCAUUAAAAAUGUAGACUAAUAUAAUUUUAAAAAUUAAAGUUGGGACUUCCCUCAUGGCUCAGCGGUUAAGAAUCUGCCUGCCAACGAAGGGGACAUGGGUUCGAGCCCUGGUCCAGGGAGAUCCAACAUACCACGGAGCAACUAAGCCUGUGCGCCACAACUUCUGAGCCUGCACUCUAGAGCCCGUGAGCCACAACUACUGAGCCUGCGUGCCACAACUACUGAAGCCCACGCGCCUAGAGCUGGUGCUCUGCAACAGAGAAGCCACCACAAUGAGAAGCCUGCGCACAGCAACGAAGAGUAGCCCCCGCUUGCUGCAACUAGAAAAAGCCCACACGCAGCGACAGAGACCCAACGCA